AUGAACCGGACCCAAAGCUGCACUUUGCUUUCCCACCAGCCCUUUAACUUUUCUUCCACCCGGCCUAAGGUGGAAAAGGCACAAAACACUCUGCUUACGCUCCCAUCACAAAGUGCACAGGUGGCAGUCACCACUUACCUCCUCUACCUGAAAGCCAACGCUAGAGAACAAGCUUCCCGGCUUAGUGCAGCCAGAGGCAAAAGGUCGUGCAAGCUAUUUCUUAUCUUUUCUCUCCUUCUCUCACUGAAGGCAUCCAACUACAGAAAGCCUGGCUUAGGUACAGCCCAGCGGAAGAAAAGUGGUUUGAAACCUGAACUUACUGAAGAGCAAAAGCAGGAGAUCAGAGAAGCUUUUGAUUUGUUUGAUACAGAUGGAUCUGGAAGCAUUGACGUAAAAGAACUGAAGGUUGCAAUGCGCGCUUUAGGCUUUGAGCCGAAGAAGGAGGAAAUUAAGAAAAUGAUAGCAGAUAUUGACAAAGAAGGAAGUGGCACCAUUGACUUUGAGGACUUCUUGGCAAUGAUGACGCAAAAAAUGAGUGAGAAGGACUCAAAAGAAGAAAUACUGAAAGCUUUCAGAUUAUUUGAUGAUGAUGGCACAGGAAAGAUUUCAUUCAAAAACUUGAAGCGUGUUGCCAAGGAGCUGGGAGAAAAUUUAACCGAUGAAGAACUUCAGGAAAUGAUUGAUGAAGCUGAUCGAGAUGGAGAUGGAGAAGUAAAUGAGCAAGAAUUUUUGAGAAUCAUGAAGAAAACUAGCUUAUAUUAGUGUUUGUUGCCUCGCUUUACAGCUGCUUCAAAAGGUGGCCUGGAAAAGACUUAAAAACAGGACUAAUGUCUCUUACAUAUUUUAUGACAUUAAAAGAAGGUCUGAAAGGACAGAUUUUUGGUUCGUUCUUUUUCAAAAAUGUUAAUUGAGGA